CUUUGAGUCAACAAACCCCAAACGCAUUUCCAAUUUCAUAUUAUGAACCGAUAAAAACUACGGCAUUACCAUUACAUGAACCCUAUUCUUUUUUCAACUUUUCAGAUGACUCAAAUGAAUCUAAGCUAAUAAUUUCCCAAAGCCCGGACAAUAUAUCAUUGACUACAAUACCAUCUGAUUCUAAUUCUAUUAUCAGCUCCAAUUCAGUAGAUUCGAACGAAGUUCAGCAACGUUUGACUGAAAAUGAUGUAUCUGAUUCCAAUUCUUUUAGCAGCCCGGACAAUAUAUCAUUGACGACAAUACCAUCUGAUUCUAUUUCUAUUAUCAGCUCCAAUUCA